AUGUUCGUCUUCGACCGCGCGGUCGUCGCCGCGCACAGGGACCGCGCGGCGUACGCGCGCGCGACGCACCCGUCGAACGAUCCCACCGAUCCGCUCCUCGAAGAGAUCGCGCGACGCACGCUGGACCGCCUCGCGGACGUGAAGCGCGCGUUCCCGAGGGUGCUCGUCCUCGGCGGCGCCUCCGACGCGGUCGUCGGACUUCUCAUGCGCGAGCGCGCGGACGUGGAGACCGUCGUCGUGACGGACGUGUCGAUGGACAUGCUGAAGUUCACGCGCGCGCGCGCCGCCGCGUCGUUCCCGGCGGCGGGCGACGGCGACGGCGACGGCGACGACGACGAGCGGGACGAGCCCGCCGGCGGCUCGCUGCCGUCGCAGACGCUCCUGAACAAAGAGGGCAACCCGGAGUGCCUGCCGAUCAAGCCCAACAGCGUCGACGUCGUCGUCGCCGCGUGCGGGCUGCACUGGGCCAACGACCUCCCGGGCGCGAUGACGCGCGCGCGCGAAACCUUGACGCCGGACGGUCUGUUCCUCGCGUCCGUGUUCGGCGGGGAGACGAUGCGCGAGAUGCGGAUCGCGUGCGCGGUGGGAGAGCUCGAGCGCGAGGGCGGGGUCUCGCAGCGCGUGUCGCCGCUCGCGAGGGUCCGCGACUGCGGCAACCUGCUCACGCGCGCGGGGAUGACGCUGCCGGCGGUGGACGUGGACACGCUGACGAUGAGGUAUCCGAACGUCAUGAAACUGAUCGACCACGUGCGUUUCAUGGGCGAGGGCAACGCGAGCGCGAGCCGGCGACCGGGACCGGUGAGGCGCGGGACCGCGGCGGCGGUCGCGGCGGCGUACGCGACGAUGUUUCCCGCGGUGGAGAACGAGAGCGACUUGGAAAAGGCGGGCGUGGAGGCGACGUUUCAGGUGUUGUACAUGACCGGGUGGUCGCCGGGGGAGGGGCAACAGGUCGCGUCCGAGCGCGGGAGCGCGGGGGUGUCGCUGUCGCAGUUAGAGCAGGAGCUGGAGAAAGUGCCGGAGCCUCCUUAG